GCCACCGAUCCCGAUUGCGGCGUAAACGCGAUGGUCAAUUAUACCUUGGCCGGCGGUCGGUUGGAGAGCGAGCAGCUCGAGGUGCUCAGCGAUACAGGGGAUAUUUGCGUCCGGUCGCCACUGGACAGAGAGACUGCACCUUAUCUGGAAGUGCCUGUUAUUGCCACCGAUAGAGGUGGACUGAGCACCAUAGCGAUCGUGCGCAUCCAGGUGACGGACGUAAACGACAACCGACCGAUUUUCCAACCGCGCGGAUACAACGUGACCCUGCGGAGCGACAAUGCAGUGCACGGCCCGAUCCUGAGGCUAGUGGCGACCGACCUCGAUGCCGGCCUCUUCGGUCAGGUUGCCUAUCGCAUCAGCAGCGGUAACGAGGCUGGCGUCUUCCGGAUCGAUCGCAAUACCGGCGAACUGCACGUGGCGAGGCCGAGCCUGCUCCCGCGGUCGCCGUUGCAUCAGCUCAACGUCACGGCGACAGACGCGGCCGGUCUGAAGAGCGCCGUCGACGCCGAGGUCAAGGUCACCGUCUCUUCCAGCGGGCACAGAAUUGCCACCUGCGAGAAACCGCGCUACACUGUCACGGUCAAGGAGAGUAUCUCGCAGAACACCGUCGUCGGCGGCGUGAAGGACGCCGCGACGGCGUCAUCUUCCACGACAGGCGAACGGCCAAGCAGGUUUUAUCUGGUAAGAGAGGAAGCUGAUCUCUCGCUGGAUCCCACCACGGGGAUGCUGAGGAUUCGACAGCCGCUCGAUCGGGAAUCACGUGACAAAUAUGUUCUCAGCGUCGAGGCACGUAAUGGCGGCUUCGUUGGAUACUGCCAGCUGGAGCUGAUCGUGGAGGACGUGAAUGACAAUACGCCGUCAUUUGGCACGAGCAGCGUCCGCAUCUCGGUGCCGGAAUCGCACCCUCUUCACGUGCCCCUGUACGUGGCGCGCGCCACCGAUCCGGAUUCCACGCCAUCGUCACCGAUACGCUACGUGCUCGGUCAAAACAGCAACGAUCUGUUCGGAAUAGAAGCGCGCACGGGCGAGCUUUACUUGGCGAGGCGAUUGGAUUACGAGACCCAGCAGAGGCACGGCCUGCUGAUAAGGGCUCUGGACGGCGCUGGGCUCUCGGCCAACCUCAGCCUGAGCGUCGAGGUGCAGGACGUGAAUGACAACCCCCCAGUGUUCGAGAGGAACGAGUAUCACGUGGAGGUUCCCGAAGGCGCCAGGCUCGAUUCCCAGAUUCUUCAGGUAACAGCGGUCGAUCUGGACACGGGGAACAACGCCAGGCUGAGCUAUCGCCUGCAGGGUUCCACUGCCUUUCGCAUCAGCCCCAACACCGGCUGGAUUUACUUGGCGCAGAAUCUGGACCGCGAGACUCUCGACCGGCAUGCCUUGAUGGUUCUCGCGACUGACAACGGAUCACCCGCGGCGACCGCGAGCGCCUCCGUGCUGGUCACGGUUCUGGAUGACAACGACAACGAUCCGCGAUUCGAGAAGGAGUUCUACGGAUUCGAGCUGCCCGAGAAUCUCCCGUCAGGCACUCUAGUAGGUUCCGUGAGUGCCACCGAUCCCGAUCUCGGCAAGAACUCGCUUCUCAGAUACGCGAUAGUUCAAACGAACAGCAGCUUCGCCGUGGAUCCCGACACAGGCGAGAUUAUCACGCGCGAGCCGCUCGAUCGUGAAACGAAGAGCAUCCACGAGCUGGUUGUGGAGGCGCGCGAUCAAGGGGCACCGUCCAGGGCCGCCAGGGUGCCGUUGAAGAUCACGGUGCUGGACGUUAACGACAACUCGCCCGAGAUCGUCGAUCCUCAAGGGGACGUUGUUAGCGUCAGGGAGGAGCAACCACCGGGCACGGAGGUCGCCAGGGUGCGAGCGCUGGACACGGAUCUCGGUGAAAACGCCUCGGUCACCUACAGCAUCUUGAAAGACCGAGACUCGGACGGCUAUAACGUCUUCACCAUCGACCCGAUCACCGGCAUGAUUAGGACCAAGGCCGUGCUCGAUCACGAAGAGCGUAACGUGUACCGGGUGUCCGUAAAGGCGACCGACGCAGGGCAUCCGUCGCGACACAGCAUUCGCGCACUGCGAGUCGAAGUCCUGGCACUCGCGGAUAACCGGCCGACCUUCACCAGCAGCAGUCUUACCUUUAACGUGCGCGAGGAUGCAAGUAUCGGACACGCGGUAGGAUCAGUAUCAGGGGCGGGUCCUGCAGGUCGCGUGGCCUUCACCUUAGACUCCCUGACGCCACUCAGUGAAUUUCCAGCUUUCGACGUCGAUCGUAGUUCAGGCCAAUUGGUGGUCGCUCAUACCCUCGAUCGCGAGAACGUGAGCGAGUACCACCUGGAGAUCCGUGCGCUGGACACGACCUCGAUCGGGAAUCCGCAGAGCAUUGCAGUCUCCGUCAAGAUCGUUAUUGAGGACGCUAACGAUAAUCCACCGAGGUGGCCGCAGGAUCCGAUAACUGUUCGCGUGUCCGAAAAGGCAGCAAUCGGUUCAAGCAUCUACAAUCUCACGGCCAGUGACCUGGACAGCGGCAUGAACGGCGAACUUAGAUACGGUCUCGUGGCCGAAUUUCCGUCAAAAGGUUGCUUCGCCGUGGACUCCCUGACGGGCUCUUUGACACUGGCCAAGCAGCUGGACAGGGAGGAGAGGGCAGAGUACACUCUGGUUCUUAAAGCGUCGGACCGAGCACCGUCGGGGGAACAAUUAGCCUCCACGGUCACCGCAAGGAUCAUCGUCCUCGAUCAGAAUGACAACGAUCCCGUCUUCGUCGCGCCAGAGUCCACCAAGAUAGCAGUCGCGUCUAAUCUACUACCUGGUGCCAGCUUGGUAAGAGUCGUCGCCGUGGACAAGGACUCGGGCGACAACGGCCGGGUGUCCUACGUGAUAACUUCGGGCAACGAAGAGGCAUGCUUCACCGUGGGCUACGAAUCGGGCAUCGUGAGCCUCGCCAAGCCCAUCGCCAAGCCCACGGAUCUCGAGAUCACGGCCAACGAUCAUGGAUCGCCGCCGCGUAAGGCUAUGCUGAAGCUAAGCUUGAUGCCGGUGACGGCGCAGGACAGCGGACCCCCUCGGCUACUAUUGCCCAAUCCCGUCGCCAGUAUUUCUGAGGAUCUCCACGUUGGGGCACCCGUGCUGAACGUCGCCGGACCAGCGGUUGCCGAUCAAGGUAACGUCACCUUCAGCAUCCCGAAUGACGCAGCCUCGAACAAAUUCGCCAUCGCGCCCAAUGGUCUAGUCACCCUUCGGGGCCCCCUGGAUCGCGAGAAGGUCGGACGUUACUCCGUUUCCAUCCUGGCGAGGUCCAGCAAGCUGCUCGACAUCACCACUCUGGAAGUGAUCGUGUUGGACGAGAACGACAACAGCCCGGAAUUUCGGCCGGGUUCCUGCUACACCCUCGCUGUGCCGGAGAAUCAGGAAACCUCGGUGAUCCACACCGUGGCCGCGACCGAUCUUGACGAGGGGAAGAACGGCGAGAUCCUCUACAGCAUCGCAGCUGGCAACAUCGGUUCCAAGUUCACGCUGGAUUCGGCCGCCGGGGUGCUGUCGAUGUCAAAUCUUGAUCGCGAAACCGUACCCAAGUACGUCCUGACGAUCUCCGCCAAAGACAAGGGAAAACCGAGCCGGGAAGCGCGCUGCAACCUCACCGUGGUCGUCCUCGACAUGAACGACAACGCGCCGACCUUCGUGAAGAAUCAGUACACGGAUACCGAGUCUCGCAGUGGUUUUCAGUACGGACCAUCGGGCAAUCCGGUGUAUUACUUUUCCCCCAUAUACAUGACGACCAUCUCAGAGGACGUCGCGCCGGACUCGAGCGUGAUGUCCGUGAAGGCGACCGAUCCGGACCAAGGUGUAAACGGGAAGAUCACAUACGCCAUCGCCGGGGAGACAAGCUGGCUCUUUAGGGUCGACAACCUGACCGGCGUCGUUACCACCGCCGGUUCACUGGAUCGCGAACGCCAAAGCAGCUACUCCUUCCACGUAGUCGCCACGGACAGUGGCAAAUACGACGCCAAGAGCACUUCGAUACCCGUCGAGAUCAACAUCAGCGACGUGAACGAUAAUGCACCGGUUUUCGAGGAGUAUCCCUUUCGGGCUCGCGUAUCCACCGGCAUACAACCGGGUCAAAAUAUCCUCCGAGUGUCGGCCAACGACGCCGACGAAGAUGCCAAUGGCGAGAUCGUGUACUCGUUCCUGCACGAGCAGGAGAAACCAAAGUUUCGAAUCCACCCUAAGACCGGCGUGGUUACGGCAAGUCUAUCGCUGUCGCAGGACAACGGCAGAAUCUACCACCUCAAGGUGUUGGCCAGGGACAAGGGAAACCCGCCGAAGCACGCCCAGGGGUUGAUCGAGCUCCAGGUUGGCGAUCUCGUGGACCUAACGCCCGCCCUGAAGUUCCAGAACGACACGUACAACGUCGUCGUCCAGGAAAACUCAGCGAGUGGCACGGAGAUCAUCCAAAUCAUCGCAGUGCGUACUGAUGGCAGGAGACAACACGUCUCGUACUCGAUCGCGUCGGGCAACGACUUUGACACCUUCGCGAUCGACGAAGGUACCGGUCUGCUGCGCGUCAACGAUCCUACCAAGCUGGACGCGGAACUCUGGAACGAUCUAACGGUGAAGCCCUGUGAGGAACUGCCGGACGACGCGGAACGCACCAACACGUGGGGCAGGUCUCUCGAAGGCCAGCAGCCGGAGGAACCCAGAGAAAGUUCGAGGCACAUUCUGCACGUAAUGGCAAGAACGGUCGGACCGGAUAUCCUGGAGGCGCACGUCAAAGUGAUCGUCAGGGUAUCCGAUGUCAACGAUAACCCGCCGAUCUUCACGCAAACGCAAUACUCGGCCACUGUUCUCGAGGGCAACGUCAAAGGAGAUUUCGUCGUAAAACUUUCAGCUAGCGAUGCUGAUCAGGGAGUAAACAGCAAGAUCUUAUAUCAUAUUGUGGACGGCAAUCCAGAUAACGCCUUCACCAUAAGCCCACCGUACAGCGGGGUUGUACGGACCAACAUAGUUCUAGAUCGUGAAAUACGUGAAAAAUAUCGGCUGACCAUCAUCGCGACCGACCAAGGAAAUCCUCAAUUAACUGGCACGGCUGCACUGAGCGUGCGAGUAAUCGAUGUUAAUGACAAUCAGCCCACUUUCCCGGAACACAGUAUUAUUUCAGUCUCUGAAGGCACCGCCAUGGGAACUGUGCUAACCACCAUCACGGCGAACGACGUUGACAGCUCGCCAGCAUUGACCUAUCGAUUCGGCAACCUGACGAAUCCGGGGCCCUUCAGCAUCGAUCGUUACGGCGGCAAGGUCGUCCUGCGAAAGCGUCUGGACGCCGAGACGGAGUCCGAGUACACUCUCCAGGUGAUCGCCAGCGAUGGAAUCCACGAGGCUACGACCGACCUCACCGUUCGUGUGACCGACCUCAACGACAACGCGCCGCGAUUCGAGCAGGCUGCCUACGUGGCGGUUCUUUCAGAAGGACGAGACAAUCUGCAGGACAUUGUGACAGUGAACGCCACGGACGAUGACCUCUCGGAGGAGAACAAUCGUGUACGGUAUUACCUGCUGCGAUCCGUGAAAGGAUUUUCGGUACAUCCCAUGACCGGUGUCGUGACUGUUAAUCGUACGGCGAUACCUAGACCGAUACCGAAAGAAAUGGACCUGGCCAUCGUCGCGGAGGACUACGGCAAGCCUGCGCAAUCGUCCGUAUGUUCGGUCAUUGUGCGACUCAGUAGUCUGAAGAGCGCCCUUCCCGGACGCGAGUACAAUAUCACGGUAAAGGAAAGCUCGCCGAAAGGCAUGACGCUGAUGAGGCUUUCCGAUGUGGACAUGCUGGACGGCGCCAUCGUUGCGGGCGACGGUAGCGGCACGUUCGAGAUAUCUAGAGGCAGACUGAUCCUCUCCAGGCCGCUUGAUCGCGAGAUGAAGGACAGAUACGUUUUGCGAUUAAGCAGCAAGGGCACGAACGCGACGGCAGGCUCGCUGAUGGGAGACGAGCCGGUAACAGUGACAAUCAACGUAGAGGAUGUCAACGAUAAUUAUCCGCGAUUUCUUCAAGAACUUUACGAAGUAUCGAUCAAGGAAGAUGCUCCGUACAACACGACGGUCGCUGUUUUACGCGCCGCGGAUGACGAUUUGGUUGACAGCGCGGCGGCUACCUUGGUGUACGACAUCACCUCAGGAAACGACGGCGGUCUCUUCCGCGUCGAGAGGUUGACCGGUGCUGUCUUGGUGAAUUCCACGCUUGACUGCGAUCUCGAGCCCGAAGUCCACAACCUCGUUGUGAUGGCGUGCGACAGCGAUCCGUUAACGCCGCUCUGUGCGCUCGCCCGGCUUCGCGUUCAUCUGGAGGACGUGAAUGACAACUCGCCCAAGUUCCCCGUUUCCGAGUAUCUCGAGUUCGUCGGCGAAAACGAGCCGAUCGGCACGACCGUCUUCUCCGCGCGUGCCUCGGACCUGGAUCGCGGUAUCUUCGGCACGUUGAACUAUUCCAUCGUGUCUGCCGCCGCAAGCGGCUUCUCCGACAUCGACGACAGUUGGAAGCUGUUUGCGGUUGACGAAAAAUCGGGCAGCGUGACCACGCGCGCCGUAUUCGAUUACGAGCAACGGAAUCGAUACGCCUUUACAUUGCGUGCCACAGACAUGGGCGGGCGUAUCGCGGCCGUGCGCGUCAGAGUGGAGAUCGACUCGAGGGACGAGUUCUUUCCGCAAUUCACUGAGAAGAUGUAUCAGAUCAGGAUAAGGAGCGAGGCCCAGAUGCUGCCUGGCGCAGUGAUUGGUCACGUUACAGCGACCGAUCGCGACAAAGGUCCCGACGGCCGGGUCGUGUAUCAAUUGACGUCUCAGCAUCCCUAUUUCAAAUUGAAUCGCACAACCGGCGCGUUGAUCGUGAAGCAGAAACUGAUGCACAUUGACAUAGAGGAGUCGUCCAGACUGGUGGUUAGCGCGAGUUCCGGUCGGCAGGGUUCCUUGAACAACAUGACGGUAGUAGAGAUCACCUUGAUGGACGACGACGAGCCGAAUGGAGCCAGAGGAGCUACUGCUUUGGCCACACCGACGGACGUCGACUCGAACACAGCUGUGGCUACUUCCGGAGGCCUGGCCGAUUGGGCAUUGGGCCUGCUGAUCGCUCUUCUGCUUCUUCUCCUUGCGUUCGGCGCCAUCUUCCUUUAUCUCCACGUUCGUAAUCGCCGGCACAAAAAACCCGGCACGAAACCGGGUCUGAACGGUGAGAGCAACGCUACCGCGUCCAACAGCUACGUGGAUCCAAGUGCCUUCGACACGAUACCGAUCAGAAGCGUGACUGGGGUUGGCGUGAGCGGAAACGGCAGCUCUGGAAGCGCCGGAGGCGCGGGUAGCGGCGCGUCCUGUCAGUUUGCUCCCCCAAAGUACGACGAGAUACCUCCUUACGGGACCUCGGGCCAAUCCGGGCAACAGCAGGCUACGUCCGAGCUGUCCGGAAGCGAUCAGUCCGGCUCCUCCGGCAGAGGAUCCGCCGAGGAUGACGGGGAAGACGAGGAGAUCAGAAUGAUCAACGAGGGCCAGCAGACCGGCGAUUCCGCGAGCGACCUUUCGGUUCACAAUACUCAGGAAUACUUAGCUAGAUUGGGCAUCGUGGAUCCACCGGCCGGCACGCCCAGGAGGCCUCCCGAGGCUCUCCCGCUGGACAGUUUGCACUUGUUCGAGGACGAGGCCAGCACCGAGGCGGACAUUGCGACAUUGAUCUACGGCAAGAUCGGGGAACCUGGACGACCUACGUCCGGUUUGGAAGUGCCGGGCGGACCAUCGAUGAACGGCUCGUUGAGUUCCAUUGUGCACAGCGAGGAAGAGCUCACAGGAUCGUACAACUGGGACUAUCUGUUGGACUGGGGACCGCAAUACCAACCGCUGGCGCAUGUGUUCAGUGAGAUCGCCAGGCUAAAGGACGAUGCCGCGAGCGUUCAAAGCGGGAAUUCAGGUAGCAGCGGCAAGACUAAGUCUGUACAUAAAGCACCACCGCCUCCAUUGCUCACGUCCGUCGCCCCGAGGUCGUUGGCGGCGCCGGCGCUAGCACGUGGGAUUCUGCCGAGGUCGCCAAUCAGUCAUGAUGCUUCCACCUUCCCGUCCGCCGCGCUGAGUCCGAGCUUUUCGCCCUCGCUAUCACCCCUAGCAACGAGAAGCCCCAGCAUCAGUCCGCUCGUGCCACCCGCCACCCAGAGAUCCAGUCAAAGUGCCAAUCGAGGAAUUCCCGUUACCGACGCCGAACUCAGGAUCUGAGGACACUCUGAUUUCCUCGUUUUCUUUUCUUUCACCGGCGUACAAGUUCUAGUGUUAGUACAGUGAUGACUCGCCGGAAAUGCGAUAUUAAUAAAAUAUGCGGUGCCUCAAUGUAAAGCGGUGCGGAAGGUGAAUUCUGUCAACGUGCGUUGUUAGAUGCGAUCGAUUAAUGGAUAUAGCGCUCUCUCAGACUUUACGUGCAACGAGUUAACGAUUCGCGAGUACGAGUGAUUUUAAUUUAGGAAUUUCAACUUGACUUCAUCGUCGGAGAGAAAACGAUGACUGGAAACUAUUCACCACUGUUUUGUCACGCGCAAACGCUACCUUCUCGUGAUCAAUGUUACAUGUAAUUAAUCGAUAAAGUACAGAGACUUUAAAGAGUUUAGUUUUUAAUUCACCGCGCGAACAAGUGGUAGAAACAUCCCACUCGCAAGUAAAAAGCAGGAAACGAGAAAGCAGCGAUUGCGUCUUGACACAAUUCUAUACUUGUUAUACGAAAUAUGAACGCGUUUCUUUGUUCUGAUCGCGAUCGAGUAGUUAACUGAGAGGAAGUACUCCUUUCUGAACGAGAUGUACUGUAAAUAUCCGCCAGUUGUGACGGCGUUUAGUCAUUAAGUAGCAUUGUAAAUAAUAAUUUACGCUCACGAGAAUAAAAGAGAUGUUAUAAUAAUCAAAAGAAUAGACUAUCCUCAAUGUAAACCGGAUGAUCGCGCCAUGUUGGUCGAGCCGCGUGUGAAUGUGUACAGUAAUCUAAUUUUAUAAAUGUUGACACACGCUACGACGAGCAUGGCGAUAUCGUUCGGGUCGAAAGAAAACGCGCUACCACGAGCGAACUGAUCACGCCGGAUUUCGUGGUAGCGCUUCUCUAAAAGCGCCUACAAUUUCGUUGAUUAAUUGUUACUUCGUACCGAUUCCCCGAGCGCGAUCUCGAUGUAACGGGGGAUGGAAACUCAGCCAGGUAACAUACGCAUACGCACUGAAUAUAUAUAUAAAUGUAUGUCAUAUUUUGUAUAAAUGCUCUCUGUACAAAGACUCUCCCGAGCCAAGGGCCGCGACGGGCCUCAAAUAAAUGAAUUUUCUAGGAAA